GAUUAAAUAUAAGAUUCUUCCAAUUUUUAUAUCUAGCUAGAAUUUGCUUCUCAUUGUUGAUCAUAUUUUGUGUACAAAAUAGAGAUGAUGAAGGGCAAAAAUGAAGCUAACUUAAAGUCAAAGAAGAGAAUAUGCAGUGGAAAACUUGGGAGAUUUCUCAAGGAGCAGAGAGGAAGGCUAUACAUUGUGAGAAGAUGUGUAGUUAUGCUACUUUGUUGGCAUGAUUAAUUGUACACCUAUAAUUGUAAAUAGCCAAGAGAAAAAUAAUAGUAAGCUCAUUAGAGCAAAUAUAUAUAAUAGCGAUAUAAUUAUAGUUGGUGAAUUAAUGUAGUAUUUGAGUUUCAAAUAUGAAUUUGAUUAUUGUGUA